AUGUCAUCAUUGCAACGUCGUAGAUUAAAUCGUAUCAAUUCUGAUACAGCCGAAUCUUCUAAUGAUGAUGAAGAAAGAUCUAAAUCUACAAAGAUUGCUUAUGAUCCAGAAGAAGCUAAACUAAAGGAUGAUGUUACUGUACCAACGUUAACUUUGAUGGAGGAAGUUGUCCUGCUUGGGUUAGGUGAUAAAGAUGGAUAUUUAUCAUUUUGGAAUGACAACAUUUCAUAUACAUUACGUGGUUGUAUUAUAAUUGAGUUGGCUUUAAGAAAUAAAAUACGUAUUUUAGACGAUCCAGCCAGGAAAAGAUUCGAUCUUUCUGAAAGAUUAGUCGAAGUCGUAGAUGGAAGUAAAACUGGUGAAGUUUUACUAGAUGAAGCUUUACAAUUAAUGAAAAAUGACGAACCUCUAUCUAUUGCUAAUUGGAUAGAUUUAUUGAGUGGUGAAACUUGGAAUUUCUUCAAGAUUAAUUAUCAAUUAAAACAAGUUAGAGAAAGAAUUUCAAAAGGUUUAGUUGAUAAAGGUGUAUUAAGAACCGAAAUGAAAAAUUUCUUCUUAUUUGAUAUGGCUACACAUCCAGUAACUGAUACAAGUUGUAAAGAAGCAAUCAAGAGAAGAAUUUUAUCUGCAUUAGUUUCAAGAACUAUGGAGUUGAAUUACAAUGAAUAUUUCCCUGAAACAACCCAAUACAAAGUUAUAAGGACCAUUGCAUUAAUCUGUAGUUCUUAUGCUGCAAAUGUUUUAGAAAAUGUUUUAAGUUCAUUAGAAUAUGAAAAGAGAGACAAUGCUAUUGCAAGAUCGGAAUCUAUCCUGUCAGAAUUUGCUCAAUACCCAUUUAAAUUGGAUAAAGCUUCUGAUAUCAAAGUCUCGAUUAAUCUAUCAAAGUUGGUAGAAGACGAGAUUGCACAAAAUCCAGGCUCUGCAUUACAACUGGAGGCUGUUGCUGGUGUUUUCGAUGUUUUCUCAAAAAUGGAUAUGAUACUAUAG